CGGUUCCGGGGGCGAGUGGCUGCGCGUGGACCCUGCGUGUUACUCCUGAGGCGGUCCCCCCGGGUGAAAGGAUCUGGGGACCGGGGACCCGAGCCUAUGAGCGGCUCGGUGGCAGGGCCCGACUGCUGCGGAGGCCUCGGCAACACUGAUUUCAGUAAGGCAGACCUCUGCGUUAUGACUGGGCUGCUGGCCUACGUGGACCCCGCGCAUCCCAGCUUUGUGGCGGCCAUCCUUGCCAUCGCUUUCAACCCACUCUUCUGGAAUGUGGUCGCGAGAUGGGAACACAAAACCCGCAGGCUGAGCAAGGCCUUCGGCUCCCCAUACCUGGCCUGCUACUCCCUGGGCGUUGCCAUCCUGCUCCUGAAUGUCCUGCGCUCUCACUGCUUUACGCAGGCCAUGCUGAGCCAACCCAAGAUGGAGAGCCUGGACAACCCCCUGGCCUACUGUCUGGGCCUGGUGCUGCUGGGAGUGGGCGUGGUGUUUGUGCUUUCCAGCUUCUUUGCACUGGGGUUCACUGGAACCUUCCUAGGUGAUUACUUCGGGAUCCUCAAGGAUGCGAGAGUGACCACGUUCCCCUUCAACGUCCUGGAGAAUCCCAUGUACUGGGGAAGCACAGCCAACUACCUGGGCUGGGCCAUCAUGAAUGCCAGCCCCACGGGCCUGCUGCUGACAGCGGUGGUGGCCUUCAUCUACGUGGUCGCCAUCCUGUAUGAAGAGCCCUUCACAGCUGAGAUCUACCGGCAGAAAGCCUCCAGGCUCCACAGGAGAAGCUGAGCGGGCUGCCCCAAGUGCCAGGCCCUGCACGAGGACAACAGCAUCUGCUGCUGCUCCGGGCUCGUGCCCGGCGUGGCUGCCCCAGUGCCUUGGAAACUGCUACCUUGGGGGCCCUCGACAAGCUGCCAUGUGGCUUCUGAUCCCCCCCGGCCCCACUGCUCCCACCAAGUCCCCACUCACCAAUAAAGGCACCC